UUCCAAAUAGCCAUCUCUCAUAUAUCCCAAACGCCCAUCAAAACUAAAAAAAUCCCAAUCUCUACAAUCCCAUUCUACAAACUUCGCAAUCAUCAAGAUGUCGAUCAUCCCCAGCGUCUUUGGCCGCAGAACCAACGUCUUCGAUCCCUUUUCCCUCGACGUAUGGGACCCAUUUCAAGGCUUCCCCUUCGACUCCUCUCUCUUCCCAUCUCGCUCCGAUUUCACCAGAGAAACCUCCCAGUUCGCAAACACGCAGAUAGAUUGGAAGGAGACUCCCGAAGCGCAUGUCUUCAAAGCAGAUCUGCCGGGGCUGAAAAAGGAGGAGGUGAAGGUGGAGGUUGAAGAAGGGAGAGUGCUCCAGAUCAGCGGCGAGAGAAGCAAGGACAAGGAGGAGAAGAACGACACGUGGCACCGCGUCGAGAGGACAAGUGGCAGGUUCCUGAGGCGAUUCAGGUUGCCGGAGAAUGCGAAGGUGGAGGGAGUGAAGGCAGCAAUGGAGAACGGAGUCCUGACUGUAACGGUUCCAAAAGUGGAGGUGAAGAAGCCCGAUGUGAAGGCCAUUGAAAUCUCUGGCUGAGAAAGGAGAAGGGCAGAAUAGGCAGAAUGGUAAAUGGUCUCUAGUCCUUGGGGGUAUUUUGUUAUGUGUUGUUCCGGUGUUGCUUGUUUGUGUUGUGUGUUAGGGUAGUUCUGCGGACUACCUUUCUUCAACAAAUACACAUGUACUUUUGGUUUUCACUGUUUAA